UUUGUGGGAAGGCUCACUACAGCAUCCAGCAGAGAAGGAUGAAAAGUUUUGCAGUGGUCACCUUCUAAGGAUGGAAUUACAAAAUACAAAUGAGAUGAGGUAAAGCAGCACAGAGUCCUGCAAAGUCUGGCUUUUCAACGUGGGCAUUUUAUUCUUUGUGCAGCGUCUCCCAGAAGCACACGCUGAGGACUUCUCUGUAGUGUGACCUCUGAAGAAAAGAGUGAUUCUGGGAUCAGGGCAGAAAGCUGACUCUGGGAGUAAAACUGCUCCAUGAGGCUAUGAGAGGAAUUCUAUAGGCUACAUAUAUCAUUGCAAUAAUAAAUUUGUUAUUGCUCUUGUAUUUGGAAGGCGAUCCUGGAGCAAUGAAAGCAAGCUCUGAGCAGCUUUGUAAAAGUACCGCCUGGCUCCAUCUGCAGGCAGCUGAGAUGACAGCCACGCUCCGUUUGGAGGCAGGCCGCGCUGCUGAAAGCAGAGCAAGAAGCUGCUCCUCAGCCCUGCACAGAAGACUUGCCUACUGAGAAUGAAUCUCCGCUCCUUUAUGGUUUCUCUUUCCAAAAGUAAAGAUUGUUGAGUCUAUGCUGAUUUUCUGCACUUGGACCUUUGGAAUAGUCCCACUCCCCCUUGGUUUUCCUGGAAGGUUCCCUGGAGCUUGGCUGGAAAAGUUCAGGAUUCCCAUGUGUGACCUGCAGUGAAUGAACUGAUGAGCAGGGCAUGAGGAGUUUUGGGUUUGGCUCCACACCUGAGUUGGGGUGGUUGCUGGGAGCUGUUGGUAUUGGCUCUGGGGGUCCACAACUGCUGCCUGUUCCCUUCCCUUCCUAGUGAUGUUCCUGCAUCAAGCUCAGUCAUCGGGGCACUGGUGCCCCAUAGAGGAACAGAAGGUCCUGGGAAUUACACUUGUACACAUUAUAGCUUCUCAGAGCUCAGGCAUGAACAAGUAUGGAGGAAUAAAUGCUAACAUAUUGCAUGCAUGUACCCAUGGAUGCUCUUGAGUGUGACCGUAGCAGUGCUCAACACUUCUGCACUGCACAACAGCUUUUGAUUCUUUUUACAAAUUCCUGCUUUCCCAGUCCCUGCCAUCAUACUUUUCAUUUUUUCCCCUCAGAGGCCCAGGACUCCAGUUACCUGCGUGCCACUCCUGAUCAGCCCCAUUCCCUCCAGCCAGGCAUGACCAGCUCCAGCCAUGUGGGGCUGAUUGGUGGCAGCAACUCUAGGCUCCCUCCUCCCAUGCUUACUGUAGUCCAGCAUCGCUCCGGCAGCCAUUCUCCACGUGUGACAUCUACAGAAGGCAGGAAUUCCUUCUGCUCAUGGCCACUGGAACACACAGAGGCAAUCUGGGAUGCUGAGGCUCUGCCUUUUGCCCAGCUUUAAGAACAAGACUUGGGCACUGCUUUUGCCAUGCCGCUGGAUGUACCAACACCUGCUGGGAUGAGGUUUUUCCUGCAGUAUGCUGGCUGUUUUUUUGCUUUUUUCUCUACUGGCUUUUUGAUAGCAUCUACCUGGACAGACUGCUGGAUGGUGAACGCUGAUGAUUCCCUGGAGGUGAGUACAAAAUGCCGUGGUCUGUGGUGGGAAUGUGUCACAAAUGUUUUUGAUGGGAUCCAAACAUGUGACGAGUACGACUCCAUCUUCGCUGAGCACCCUGUGAAGCUGGUGCUGACCCGAGCCAUGAUGAUCACAGCAGACAUACUGGCAGGAUUUGGAUUUCUCUUCCUUGUCCUGGGUCUGGACUGUGUGAAAUUCCUUCCAGAUGAGCCACUUAUCAAGCUGCGCAUCUGCCUGGUGUCUGGAGUUACCUUGCUCAUUGCAGGUCUCCCAGGCAUCACGGGAUCAGUGUGGUAUGCCAUUGAUGUCUACGUGGAGCGCACCUCUUUGGUCUUCCACAACGUCUUUCUGGGCAUCCAGUACAAGUUUGGCUGGUCGUGCUGGCUCGGCAUGGCGGGAUCACUGGGCUGCUUCUUAUCUGGGUCCCUGCUCACCUGCUGCAUGUACCUCUUCAGAGAGACCAGCUCUGGAAGGCUCCACUCUGCAUACUCCCUGAGGAAAGGCUAUUCCUCUGCUGGGACGAUUGUAACAAAUGUGCACUUGCCAUCCUCACAAACAGCAACUGCCAAAAUGUAUGCCAUGGACACAAGAGUGUGAGAAGAAGGCAGAGACAUCAGAAGGAGCUCCACUUCAGUGGACUGUGCAGAGACUUGAGCUCCUACGGUUGUGGUGUAGAUGCAAAGUUGAAUUUUGAGGUGUGUUGUAUGCUGUGCUGUUUGCAUUAUGACAGCUUGAAAAAAAAAGAAAUCCUUCAAAAAAAUAACCUCCAAGAAGAUCUUGCUUUAGGGAUUCCUGAUGUCUUCAGUACUGAGGCUGCUUGCAUGAACACAGACUGAAAUCACCAACAAACUCUUUCAGCCUUUGGCUCAUCGCUACCAGUGUGAGUGAAAUAAAUCAGCUGCUCCCACAUCAGCCACCAGCUCUCAGCAUAAAGAACCUCAAACUGUAAGAUGGAUCCCAAUAGAUGGAAGUACGAGUUAUGUGUGAAGUGAUGAAUUCUUGGAUUACACCAAGAAGGCAUGGAGAGAUCUGGACACGAUAGGCAUUUCUGUUACUCCAGCUUCCUGAAGUAGUAGAGGAGAAGCAAUCCAGAAUCACCUGCUAAUGCAAAUAUACUUGCAGAUCUCAGACUGUUGAUUUCUCCUGUUCCCUUCCUGGAGUAUGUUGUAGCUGGGGAGACUUCUCAGCCUUUGUCCUGAUGGUCUUCAGCUUGUUUUAGGAUGGUGGGAGGUGUUUUGUGACUUGCAACACAUGGGUCAGGCCCAAGCAGUGGCUCAGAGGACACUUUGGGGCUGACCAUCUGUCCCUCCAGCUUUGUGCUCCUCUAGAUGUGCCAGUAAAACAUAUGCAUACCCCAAAUACUGGCUUAACUCAGGAUGCAAAUUCCUCAAAUAUACAUGUAUACAGAAAUUAUUACAUAAACAUUCACAAGACAUUUUUGCUUUCAGUGUGCAUGUAGUAUAAGGGUUAAUUCUGUUCUCUGCACGCUGUUAGCUUUGGAGGAUCCACCUCCUGCACAAGAGGGCUAAGUAAAGGUCACGGCAGCCUUCAGGUUAGCUAGGUUAAUGUUUUGUAACAACCAGUGCAACGCUGAGUUGCUUCAUUCAAAUCCUGUUGACAGUCUACAUGAUGUUUUGAUCAGUUGUUAAUAUGUAAUGGUUCAUGCACUGAUUGAUUGAACUCUGAAUCUGGUUUCAUGACUGCAGUGUGUAGUCCUCAUUAGUUCAUUGUCGUGCCUUGAUGCCAAUCUAUUUUAGUUUGGUCCUUUACUCAUUAGCAAUAAAUCCUCCAGGAAGAACAUAGGAUUUCAUUUCCCUUUCAAAAUCACAACCCAAGCCUAAGGACAUUGCAGCUUUCUCUCUGGAACAGAUCUGAAACUUACCACACAUACCAGCUGCUAAAGUUUUCAUCGUUCUGCCUGAUGCACCUAACAAGGGAAAAUAAAAGGAAGCUUCAGUCCAGUGUGUACAAACCACACGGGUUCCAGUGCUUGUCCAUCAGCACGAAGAAAUGCAUCACCAGUAAGCGCAUGACUGAGAACUUUUCCUCCAUCGAGGGAGCAAGAUCAGAAGUUUAGAUGGGAGCAGAAGCUGAUGAUAUGCAUGUGACUGGUUUGCCAUUCAACACCAGCACCCACCACCCGUGUUUUUGCUCUAAAAGCAGGGGAACAAAGAGCUGCUGUCUUCCCUUUUCACUCUGGGAAGGAAAGCCGUUGCUGGAAGCCUGCAGUGGGAGUGGGUGGGAAGCACAGAGAUACAUACACUCACCUCUCACCAGGCUCGCAGUCGGGCUCAGAGCCUGCUGGCUGAAAACAUACAUGGAAAUCAGAGAGGGCAAUUAAUACUUUUUGUUGUUGUUAUGUUUUAAGUCACUGUAAUGACCCACCUUGUCUUGGAGCGGGAAGUUGGAGUGAAGAGCAAUAGAAGUGCACCUGCAUGGGUGAAAUCGCUCCUCUCCCUGCUCCCAUCCCCGUGUGUCUGUGCUCUGAGCCUGUAUUGAAAUCAGUGGGUAAUCUCCCCAGCAGCUCGAUAAAUUCAAUAGUUUGAAGAUGAAAUCUAGACCAAGGGGAACGCACUUCCUUUUAUGUGAAAAGGGAAGGCUGAGAGCUGGGAGAGGAGCAGUAUCAGAGAUCUGCUUAUAGAGCUGGGCUCCAUUCUUCAGAAAUGUCAGCUGAAGAAUUUCCUGUGCCUAAUUACUGGUUUGCAACUAUUUUCCAGUAGCUAAUUGUGAAUGUAGCUGUAAAUUGGAGCCGUUGUGACUGGACAUGUGCUCUGCCUUGCAUUUUUCUAUUUCUGGAUAGUAGUAGUGCAUCAUUCCCAGAGUCAGGUUUCAGGUAUGUGUAUUCGCAAUUGCAAAUAUGUGAACCCGAAACUUGUUCUUCAGGUGUAUUUUCUACUCUCUGCUUAAGCAAGUUUACUUUUGCAAGCCUUGUUGACCUUAGCUUCAGUUUCAGAUUAUCUAGGCAAAAAGUAACCGGACUGGUUCAUCAGCAAGAUUAAACCCAAUUCAGUACAAUCUUCAGACAAUUCACAUUAGGUGUGUUACAAAACUUCAAGCUUUGCUACAAAAAAAACAAACAACAAACCCUUCAGAUCAGAUAUAGAAUUGCAACAACACCAGGAAAAAAUAAACAAGAUGGAAGAGUUAUGAUGUAUUUCUUGGAAAAAUGUAUUAACAUAAUUCAUAAAGCAUUGUAUUACUUGGAUUUCCAUCUUUAUAAGCCUGAAGGAUGCAGAGAUUUCUGUCUUUGAGUGAAGCUAGAAAGCUCUGUUGAGGAUUAGAAAUUUGUACCAAAUAUAUAUAUUUGAGAGGUUU